GAUAUGUCCUUCUUUAACAUUAGAACCUUCGACUAGUUCUGUGCCAAAAUCAUCAUUUUGCCCUUCUCACAAUGGGCAAUUUCGAAUUUUUUAUGAAGAGAAGUGGCAAAGAUUACGAAAAUGAUAGUAUAAUAAUAAAUCCAAAUGCACAGAAUGAUAAAGGGCGCACUUCUUUACACAUUGAAACCAUUAAAGGAGAUCGUCAGAUGGUUCUAAAAAUGUUAAAGAGUGGUGUUGACAUUAAUAUUCAAGAUGAAGAUGGGAAAACAGCAUUGAUGUUGGCCAUCCAAUGGAGUCAUGAACACGUUGCUAACACUUUACUGGAAGCUCGUCCGAAUAUAAGUAUUUCUGAUAAAGAAAACAUGACAGCUCUUCAUCUUUUGGCAAAGACAAAACUAAUAAUAUUAGCUUUGAAGAUCAUUAAGAUGGGAGCUAAUGUUGAUGCAAUUGAUAACAAAGGCAGAACUCCAUUGAUGCUUGCUUGCCAGUAUAAAAAUUUGGAUAUGGUCUCGUUGCUAUUGGAACAAAAUGCAAAAAUUCAUAUCAAAGAUUCAAUGGGAAGAAGUGCAUACGAGUAUACAAGUGAUCCCGAGAUUAUUUUUUUGAUGAAAGGGAUGGUUAAGCACAGAAAGGGUGCUCGAGAAGGAUCAGAACUCGAAAACGUUAAUUGUGAACUUCAAAAUAUAGACAAAGAUCUAGAAAGUGACGAUACUAUAGCAUACAACAACAUCGUAUCAGAGUCUGAGAAUCAUUCUUACUUACGGCUUCCUCAUCAUACUAACAACGAGUCUCUACAAAGUUCUACUUCAAUGCACAUUUUGGAAGUGAAGCCGAGCAAUGUGUCAGAUAUCAGUGGAAUUUUAGGCAAAUUACAACAAGAAAAUAGCGUAUUAAGAAGAAAAGGAUCAACCACAGCUAGUGAAGAAAAGAAUAACCACAAGAAAAAUGAAAAAUCCACUACGAAACUAUCACAAACAGUUGAAGAGGAUGAAAAUCCAUUGAAAAUUUCAUGGCAUUCUUUAAUUCAAAGCACUGGAGCAUCUAACCGCAUUAAAAACUUUGAUUUGAUCAAUGGAAACUAUUCAUUAAAUACAGAAAAUGAUGAAAUAGCCUUGAAGUCUUCGUGUAAUUCUCUUCCCUUCAAGAAAAAAUAUAGAAAAGUAACAUUUGAUUGGGAAAAACAACAACACGGACCAUUUAAACUAAUAAAUGAUCAUAAAUUUAAAACGGAUUACUCAUAUUCUAAAGGCAAUUUAGAUCUUUCGCCUUUAGAUUUCGAUGAAUCAGAAAUGAUACGAAGCAAUCUGUUCAGCAUAAUGGCACCCCAGUCAGACUUAGAGAAUGAAAAUAGCAAAUUUGAUAAAAUCAUCAAUAGUACUCAAUUAUUUAAAGCUGAUAAUUUAAGAAAAACGAUAAUUAAAGUAGGGGACAACGUCAAGAAAAUGGACAAAGAGUUUAAUGCUCUUCUAAUUUACACAAAGAAACUUUUAGUAGAGAAAAAGAAUUUGAGAAAUAUCAUUGCAGAAAUGAAAACAGAAAGCCAAGAUCUAAAAAAUGAGUUGAAAGAAUUUGUCGAGAAAAAUAAAAUUUAUUAUCUUAGAAGCGAUAUAUCAGAAACUGAAAAUCAAGUGAAAACUCUAAUCGAUGUGCACAAAAAUCUGAUAGAUAAACUUGAGAAUUUGGUAGAGAAAAGUGAAGAAAAAUGCAAAGAAUACUUAGAAAGGAAGAGGUGUUUACUUUCAGAGACUGAAAGAAUAAAAAACGAUAAUGAUACAGUAGAAACAAGCAUCGAAAAACUUAAAAAGUACGUUAAACACCUAAACAACCAAUCAACAGAAAAAUUCAUUGCAAAAACGAAAAAAUUUGAGAAUUUAGAAGCAUUAUCAUCGAAAUUUAAAUACGAUGUGGAGGAAAGAUGCAAAGAAAUUAAAGAAAUACAGCAACAGAUCGAACACCAGAAACAGAUCAUCGAAGAUAUCAGAACGAAAUUAAGAGCAUUUCAUCAACUACUGAAGAAAGUUCAAUCGAAUAUAAAGUUCAUAAAUCAAAAAUCAAACACCUUUAAAGAUAUUUUUCGAGAAAUAAAUGAAGAUUUCAAAAUAGCUAUUAACAAUUUCAAUUGUUUUGAAGAACAAAUGAACGACGGGCAUCGUCUAAAGUUCGAAUUGAAAAAUAAAUUUGAAGAAAUCGAUAAAUUGAUUAAUGUAAUCAACGAGAAGAGAGCAGAAAAUAUAGAAGAAAUAACAAAAUUGGAAAAAAGCAUUCAAUUAGAAUCAGAAAGAAGAAGAAAAGAAUUGUGUGAAGAUUCAAUGAGAUGCAUUAAUCUUUUAUUGAAGGAGCGCAUAACUUGGAGCAAGAAGAGCAGAAGAAUCAUUCAGUUGUUAGAAGAGAUGGAAAAUGAAGAUAUCUAUUCUUUUAAUUUAAAAAAAGAAAUGGAAGAAAAAUAUCCACGUUUAAGAGAGGAGGAAGAAGAAGAAGAAGAAGAAGAUAAUACUGAGGAAAUUUUAAAAAUGACACAUAACUCUAUACACAGCGACGUUAUCACAGGAGGGGUUCUGAGUGUGAUUGGAAGAGGUAGGUAAAAACGAAAAAUCUCGUUUAAUGACAAAAGAAACGUGUACAAACACGACGAAUUUAACCAAUCGGGAUUUCUCUUCGGUUUCAAACGACGAUGAUCAAUCGAAAGGAACGUUUACCAAAUAUUCAAAAAAUAUUGUUGCCAUACGUGACUUUGAUCAUUAAUAAAAUGUAUGAAACAGAAUAUUAUUAAAAUUUUAACAUCAUUAUUGUUACCAUACAAUAAGUUCAUUUUCAAUACGAGGGACUUUCAGGGAAUUUUUCGAAUAUCGAUUUUUUACAUUGUAAAAAGAGCUGGUUCGAAGUAUCAGCAACAUAAUUGAUGCUUCUCAUAGAACAGCAGUUGUGGGUUUGCGCCUCACUAACAGUGGAAUUCACCUUUUCCAGUUGUUCAUUACCUAAAUAUGGGCCAGUUUUCCAUCAUAAAAACCUUUCGAGAAAGCUUUUUAUAUUAUUCUGAAGUGUUAUUCUUCAAUUUGAUUUAUAAUUUAUGUAUAAAACACGAGAUCAAAACUCUAAUCAUUUACAA